CUCCACGAGGAAGCAUCGGAGCUGUAUUUAAAGUCGCUCGGUACAGUGGCUCGUAGGUCGGUGUUGUGUCGCUGCCAGCUUUGUUUACUGGUGUCAAGCUGAAGCCCCGCGCUGCAUCUGAAGAUGAAGGCCCCUCUGCUGCUGAUUUUGACUGUUUGGUUAAACGCUCAGUACGGCGGCUGUGCGCCCUUCUCUUCAUGCUCCCGUUCUCCGAUGGAGUGGUGCUCGUCUCUGGACUCGGCUAUCCAGUGCGGGGUUUUGAAGCAGUGCCUUGAGUCUAACUUCACCAGGUCCCAUCAGGCAGCAGAUCCAAUCAACGUGGGUCUUUACUAUGAGAGUCUGUGUCCCGGCUGCAGAGAGUUUUUGGUUGAGGUGCUCUUCCCCACCUGGCUCUUGCUGAAUGACAUCAUGACUUUUACUCUUGUGCCCUACGGAAACGCUGUGGAGAAACCUGAUGGACAGAAGUAUAUUUUUGAGUGCCAGCAUGGAGAACAAGAAUGUCUGGGCAACAUGAUUGAGACUUGUUUAAUAAACAUGACCAGGGCUGCUUUCCCGAUCAUCUUCUGUAUGGAAUCCUCAGUUGAUGUCAUCAAUUCAGCCAAAAGCUGUGUGGAAGUCUACAGCACUGAGUUGAGCUGGGACAAAGUCAUGAGCUGUGCAAAAGGGGAUCUGGGAAACCAGCUGAUGCACCUGAAUGCCGUGAAGACCAAAGCCCUGAACCCUCCACACGAAUAUGUGCCCUGGGUGACCAUUAAUGGGGAGCACACUGAAGAAUUGCAGAAAAAAGCCAUGUCGUCUCUCUUCUCUCUGGUCUGCAACAUGUACAAGGGCACCAAACCUCCGGUCUGUGGACAGGGCCAGAGACACUUCAAAAGCUACUGCCACAAUGAAUGAGGGAGCAGCACUGCACUUGCCUUUAUACUUGCUCUAUUUCAGGUUUAGCCACUAAAUAAACAACACUGAAGAAUGCCA